AUGCCAGCGACCUCAAACUGGUCACGACGUGACGAAAUGACCUCUAGAGUUUGGGUUCCGAUCGAUCCGGUGGAGCCGAGAAUGAUGACCUUCUUCACCCUGCCAACGCGCUCGAGCAGGCCGGGGCUCACCCCCACCGGCUCGUCGUCCGCCAGCACGGUCAGGUCGUUGGUCGACGACGUCGGGGCUCCAUGGAGCCCCGACGUCCCGAGUUUGGCCUACUCCUGCUCGAAGACAUUCACCUCAGCUGCCGUCGGCAUCGCCGUGAAUCGGGGAGCUUUCGGAUACGACGACACUUUGGCCGAUCUGUGGCCGCAGGCCUGCACAGCCAACACCGGGCCAGUAGCGAAAUCCAUGACGGUUCGCAAUGCCCUGUCCAUAUCGACCGGUCACUCCCCAGAGCAGCUCCUCGAACCAACUCUGGUGUCCCGCCGUCUGCCCGAUCUCAACACCGCCCGGAUCCUGCUAGCGACCGAGCCGGAAGGCCGUCCCGGUAUCGACUUCGCCUACAACAAUCUGGCCACUUGGAUGCUUUCUCGGCUCGUUGCUCAACACACCGGCGAGGACGUCGACACCAUCAUCACCAAGGAGGUUCUCGACCCGAUCGGGGCGGGGCCACACACCUGGGUCCGUGACGCCGACGGCAUCCCGAUGGGGUUCUCAGGACUGCAUAUUGACGCCGAAGACCUCUCUCUGUUCGGCCAGCUUCUCCUCGACGAUGGGGUGCAUGAGGGCGCCCGUCUACUACCCGAGGAGUGGAUCAGGCAGCACCGUGUCCGUCAAGUCAAUUGCGACAGCGAGACCGAUCCGGAAUGGGGAAUGGGGUAUGGCUGGCAGACAUGGAUGUCAAGCCAUGGGUACCCUCUGGACGGAGCCUUCGGCCAGUAUGUCCUCAUCGUCCCCGAGGUUGACGCCGUCAUCACUAUGACAAACGAGGCCAGUGAAGGCCCUGGUGACAAGCAGGCCAUUCUCCAAGCUGUCUGGGACCACCUCCUGCCUGCCUUAGCGGAUGGAUUCCAGCCACAGCCUGAAGAAAUCGUGCGCACUGUGCCCACCGUGACUGGAGAAUUCGACUCGGCAAGAUCGGUGCAGGGAAUCGCCCCUGAUGGGUCAUACAUCGUCGUCUCCCCGCACAAGGAGAGCAGGGCCUGGGCGAUGUCGUGGCGCUGUCCGGGCACCUCCAGCCAUCCCACCGACGAAACCCUCGAAAUCGCCGUGGGCUACGAGGAAUGGCAGACCUCCCACUGCCGGGUCGGUGACGAUGCCAUCGAUAUCGCGACCAGCGGCGGGUGGCAGGACGAGACCUUCGUAGCAAGACUGUGCGUCAUCUCAACCCCUCACACCUUCACCUUGCGAAUGAUCCCGGAGGCGACGACGACCGAGUGGGACAACGAACCACUCAACCCUGGUGGUUUGCUGGGCCUGGUGCACCCGGAGCUACGACGAUGA